GAUUCUAAGUUCAUCACCACUUUAGAGCCCAAGCACAUUCAAAUCGAGGCCACUUCCAAUGACAUUACUGCCAGCUCGAAUGGCAAUGACAAUGACAAUGGCAAUUCCAAUGCAAAUGCAAAUGCAAAUGCAAAUGCCGACUCGGCUUCAGAGAGCGAGGCCGAGGCCGACGAUGAGCCCAAGGCUAGCAAUGAGCCCAAGGCCAAGGCCAAGCCCGACGACGACGAUGAUAUCGACGACCUGCUGGCCGACUACGCCGACGACGAGACCUCCAUUGAGCUGAUGCACUCGCGGCUGGACUCCCUCGACGGGCUCGGGCUGGAGCGCUUCCAUGCGCUCGAGUUCCUGGGCUGCCGGCAGAAUCUGAUCAAGGACAUGCGGCCAGUCACCGUACUGCAGUCGCUCAAAGAGCUGGAUCUCUACGAUAACCGGCUGAAGCGGAUCGAGGGCCUGGACCGCCUGACGCAGUUGACGUACUUGGACCUCUCAUUUAACAAUAUUCGCCGCAUCGAGAACAUUGAUAUGCUGGAUCAGUUGCAGGAGCUGUUUUUUGUCACAAACAAGAUCCAGGUCAUUGAGAACCUCGGGGCGCUGACCAUGCUGACCAACCUGGAGCUGGGUGCCAACCGCAUCCGCACCAUCGAGGGCCUCGACCAGCUGGUCAACCUGGAGCAGCUGUAUCUGGGCAAGAACAAGAUCGCUCGGCUGCAGAACCUGGGCACGCUGCGGCGGCUGCGCAUCCUGAGUAUCCAGAGCAAUCGCAUUACCAAGAUCGAGGGCCUCGAGGAGCUCGAGUGCCUUGAGGAGCUGUACCUGAGCCACAACGGCGUCGAGCGCAUUGAGGGGUUGGAGAACAACACGCGGCUGCAGAUCCUGGACGUCACUAGCAAUAAGCUGACGGAGAUCUCGGGCAUCCGCCACCUGCCUGUGCUCGAGGACCUGUGGGUGUCGGGAAACCAACUGGCGUCGUUCGAGAACAUCGAGAGCGAGUGCGCGCCUGUGGCGUCGCUGAGGACUGUGUACUUUGAGUUCAACCCUUUGCAGCGCGCACAGCCCGCAAACUACCGCCGCAAGGUCAUGAUGACUCUGCCGCAGCUGACGCAGAUCGACGCGUUGCCAUGCCGGUAGAAAAGCGAAUGUCGCCUUGGCUCCUUCCUGAAAGAAAAGGACAUUCAGAGGCUGUGCGCCCAUUCGCUGCCGCUGCUCUCAUGCUUGUCCUGCUUUGUGGAGCAGCGCCUUACUUUUAUACUUUUAUUUUUUGUCUAGCGUGUGUGUCGAGUCUUUGUAACAAUUUAAGUCAAUUCUUGAGAAAAUCGAAUAAAUAUCAGCGUUGCGGAGAACAGCACCAUGUCUGCCGCCUCAACAGCACAGGGUUGGCACUGUACACCUCUCCCCCGACAAAGCGCAGAGAGGACACCUGGCAAGCCAAAGAGCGACGAUCCCUC